GAGCAUUGUCCGAAUCUAGAGCAUUUAGAUAUGUCCAAUGUUAAAUGGCAGAGUGGGCUGUUGUAUGAUAUAGAGUUGUUCCAGAGGAAAUGUCCAAAACUGAAGAGAUUUUUCUCUUCAAACAAUGCAGGUCGAGUGCAAGCCACACAGCAAGAUUCCCCUGGUUUCCCAAACUUGGAAGAACUGAGUUUAGCCACCAUUGAGAGUAACAGAAUAGUUACCAGUGAUUUUGUUCAAAGGUUUGUUAAGAAUGCUACAAAGUUAAGACUUAUAGAUUUACGUGGGUGUAUAAGUGACACAGUCGGUGUGGUGACGACCCUGAAAGAUAUAGAGGCUAGUAACGUAGAACAGUUGUACCUGGCAAGAAGCCAAGUGGCUUCGUGCUCUGUUCUAGAUGAUAUUUUAUGCAAGUGGCGACACAGCCUUACACAUUUAGACUUGUCUUGGAAUAAUUUCGUCCGAGACACCCUCGAUGUGGCCCUCAACCAAAUGUGUGAUUAUGAUGGUGAUUUGAAGAUUAUACAACUUAAUCUGGCAGGGACAAAUGUCCACAUGGACAUACUGAAGAAAGUUCUCAGGAAGAUGACAAAGUUGGAGCAACUUGAUCUAAGUUCAUGUCGAGAUCUCGAUCGAGGCUGAAAAACAGA